ACUCACCCAUCCAGUCACCAUGUCGUUCUUCCGAUCGAAGAAGCUGGACCUCGGUGGCUUCGUCAACAUCCGAGUCAUUCGCGACCACACCAAGCGCAAGGCUUUCGAGCAGUACGAGCCCGAACGUCAAGCUCUGCGCUACGUCAUCCGCAACACCUCUCUCCCCGCGCGUACUCGCGCCCAGGCUCAAUUGCAGCUCACCCAGAUGCACGCCUAUACUCGUCCUACGCAGAUCAAGAACCGCUGUGUCGGUGGCGGUAUUGCUCGGAGUAUCAUUCGUGAUUUCCGACUGGCCCGAUACCAAUUCCGAUCCCAGGCGCUGGCGGGUGAACUGCCCGGUGUGAAGAAGGCCAGUUGGUAGAGGAGAUACGAUGGCAGAAAAAAUGGAAAGAAUAUAGACUGCUGUACACUGCCGGGUGUUGAGAUAUCCAGCGACCUUUUUUUAGUGGCAGCUGCGGUCACCUGCUUUGGUUUGGUUUGCACGAUUGGCGUUUGUUCUCCGUCCUGGUUUGAAAAUAUGUAUUAUAUGCUGAAAUGUAUAUCGACAACGAAUAUACUACUGGGUUGAUUUGAGCCAUUGGUAC